AUGCGGAAGUGAGAGCUGGAAAUCGGCACCGGCGACACAUGUGGCGCCAGGAUGGGGCGCAGCCCCGAGGCGUUUGACCCUCGACCCCUCCUGCCCCUGCCCAGGGUCUGCCCCCGGCAUCCCCCCCACCCCAUGGCGUAGCCGGCUCAGGGCCUUGGCGGGGAUCCCCCCAUGGCCGGCGGGGACCCUCGUGCCGGGGCGUGCCGGGGGGUGCCGGGGCGCCGGCGGAGGGCCCCGGCCGGGGGUGCGGAAGGGGUCAAACCGGCGCGAGGUGGUGGAGGGGAACUGCCGGUGGCGGGAAGGGGAAGCGGCAGCAGGAAACGGAUCAGCUCGGGGUUGGCUACGGGGAACCACCUGCCCUGACGCGCAGGACUUGACCGCGCGAGACGGUGCCCCACGCGCGGGUGCACACGCCAGCACCCAGCCACAGCCCUGGCAGGGCCCUGGCGCGCCCCCGGGCUGCGCCGGCAGGACGCGGCAGACAAGGGGUUACAGCCCUGGGAAAACCAGUCAUGGGUGUUCACCGGGCAAGGUGCAGCGCCAGCAGCUCGGCGGCUGCCGCCGGUUGCCCUGCCCGCCGCCGCUGCCCGACCCUUGCCCACACGCUCCCCGGCCUGCGGCGCGCCGGCACGCAGCCGGUGGCACGGCACCGGCGGCGCAGAGGUGGGAGGCAGGGGCUGCCGGGGCCGGCAGUGGCAGGAGGUGUUUGCCACGCACCCACGGCAGGAAUGCGGCCGGCCGGCUGGCCCAGGGCGGCUGGCAGCCGGGCACGGCCGGGGACAGAGCUGGUUGGAGCCCGGUCCGGCACGGCAGCGAGCAGGUCGUGACCUGUUGAGCUCCCGGUGCCGGCAGCGGCGCGCCGAGCCUGCGGCGAGCCCAGCACGCGGUGGCCCCGAGCGGACGGUGGCAUUGAGGUGACGGCGGUGACGGCCCCCUCCGGAGAGGCGGAGGUGUGGGUGCCGUUGGUGAUGGCCCCCAGCGCCGCGGGGCACAGAGGUCGCGCCGGCUGCACCGGAGGCGCCGGGCAGGAGCAGGGGGACGUCGCGCUCCCUCUCAGACCCCUGCCCGACCCCCCGGCGCCCCAUACGCCCCCGGCCAUGCUGCUGCCGGUGUCCCCCUUCCCCAACCGGGCACUGGCGGCCCUGGACAGCCUGGCCUUGGGGCUGCUGGCCCCCAGCUCCUGGGCCAUCAACGGCCUCCUCGACCUGCGGACGACGACGGCGGAGCAGAGCGGGCAGCGGCAGAGGCGGUGCGGACGGUGCCGCGGCUGCACCAGGCAGGCGCUGGCCGGGCUGGCGUACGUCGCCCUGGCGCUGCUCUCGCUGCCCUUGGCCGUGCUGGGGCUGCUGCUGUGGCUGCCGGUGCAGGCGGCGCGGCGGCCCUUCGUCUACCAGUACACGGCGGGCACGGCGCCGGCGGAGCCGUGGGACCUGCGGCAGCGCCGGACCUUCACCUUCGUCAGCGCCAACGUCUGCCUGCUGCCCAGCGGCCUGGCCAAGUUCAGCAACCUGGGGCAGACGCCGCAGCGCGCCAACUACAUCGCCGGCCGCCUGGCCCCGGCGCCGCCGGGACGCCGCGGCAACCACGCCAGCCUGGUCGAGCCGUGGGGCGGCGAGGCCAACGGCUAUGGCGGGACCCUCUCCACCGCGUGGCAGCGCCCCGCCAGCGUGGCGGUGGAGAUGCCGGAGGAGGCGGCCGGGCCCCCGCCGGUGGAGGCGGCCGAGCCCGCGCCGGCCGUGUUGUCCGAGCGUUUCCCGCCGGACGCCGACUUCAUCUGCCUGCAGGAGGUGUUCGAGGCGGGCGCCGCCGCCAGCCUGCGCCGGCAGCUGGGGGGCACCUUCCCGCACGUCCUCUCCGAGGUGGGCGCCCGGGGGCUGCGGGGCGGCCGCCUGAAGCUGCUCGACAGCGGGCUCUUCGUGGCCAGCCGCUACCCGCUGCUGGCGGCGCGUUACCAGGCCUUCCCCAACGGCGCCCGCGAGGACGCCCUGGCCGCCAAGGGCGUGCUGGCCGUGCAGGUGCUGCUGGGCUCGGCGCAGGGGCGGAGGGUCGUGGGUUACAUCGGCUGCACCCACCUCCAGGCGCCCGCAGCCGAUGCCGCCAUCCGGGACAUGCAGCUGACGCUGGGGCUGCGGUGGCUGGAGCAAUUCCGGGACGCGCAGGAGGAGCGCGGGGACGUGGUGGCCUUCGACGUCUUCUGCGGCGACCUCAACUUCGACAACUGCUCCCGAGGUGACGAGCUCAACCAGAGGCACCAGCUCUUCGAGGUGUACCGGGACCCCUGCCGCCAGGGGCCCGGGCAGGACGCGCCCUGGGCCAUAGGGACCCUGCUCAACUACCUGAAGAUCUACGAGGAGCCCGUGUCCACCCCAGAGAAGCUGAAGAGGACCCUCUCGCAGCCGGUGGGGCGGCAGCAGUACCUGGCGGGCCCGAUCCUCUCCAGCGGGCAGCCCGACCCGGCAGCCCCCGGCCCCUGGCAGGGCCGGCGCGUGGAUUACAUCCUGUACCGGCAGCACCGCGGGGCCGUGCCGCUGCGGACGGAGGUGGUGGGGGUCUCCGCCAUCACCCAGCUGGCCACCCGCUCCGACCACCUGCCCGUGGCCCUGCGGCUCGAGGUGGCCCCCGUGGCCCCCUGAGCCACCGGCGCAUCCCCGGCACCAGAGCCAGCGCUGGCACCGAUGUGUGAGGGGGGCCGGCACCCCGUGUGGGGGGUCCCGGGGCCCACGCGUGCCGGCGUCCCGUGGGGCCACCGCGGUGCGUGGCUGCGCCCGCCGCCACAGCCCCUGGGUGCCACGCUCCGGCAGGGCUGGCACCAGCCGCCGUUUUAGCAACUGGAGUGAAAUAAAGGCCUCGAGCGCA